AUGGCGGAAAACCUCAAUGUUCUCGCCGACGCUCUUUCUCAACCGUCCGGCGAGUUUCUUCACAAGCUCCGCUCCGAUGACGCUGUUAGGUUAGGUCUCGAUGCAUUCUACUGUCUUCUCCGUCGCGGCAUCGAGUCCUCCGGCGAUGGAAGUUUGUGUCUCCAGUCGUGGACUGAUUCUCAGAUUCACGCGGUUUCUUCUCUCGCUAACGCUAUCGCUUCCUCUUCUCGAUCUUUGUCAGUUGAGCAAGCGGAAGGAGUACUUGUUGCGAUUGUGCAGCAGUCUAUAGAAUUUGCUCUGUGCUAUUUGGAGAAAUCUGGAUUUGAUGAUGAUGAUCUAGGAAUUCAGGCCAACAUGAUACAUCUUUUAGAGAUAGCUUUGGUUGAUGGAGUAAAUAUGGUAGUGGACAUAUUACAACCUACAACUGCAAGUUCCUUAGUAGAUUUGCUGCCAAUGGUUGAUGAUUGUUGUGGUGAUUAUGCGGAUGACUACAAAAAAUGCCGUUUAGAAGGCUUCCGGUGCUCAAUGGAAGAAAAAUCAAUGGAUUGGCUUCUGAAGACAUUAGCUUCUAAACACAUGCCACAUGAUAGGCAAGAAUCUGGAUUCAGUGAGCAGACUUAUCAAUAUCUCAACACUUUUGUCUUUCUAUCCCAGCACUGGGCAGUUGUCCAUGGAAAAUGCACUCCUCGCGUGAUCUUGCUGUGCAACAAACUAGCUAAAGUACAAGAUGCAUUUGAUGAGCGGGCACUGGGCCAAAAUUUUCGAAGGAGGCUAUCAUUCAUUUUGAGAAUGUUGAAGAUACUUGGAAGUCUCAUGACAGAUGUUCCAUAUGUUGAAUAUGACACGUCAUUGUUGAGUGCAGUCGCCUCAUUUACCGAUACUUUGUCUAAUUUGUUUAGGAUUAAACUCGAGUUUGUGAAUACAUAUGCUACUAUUGAGGGAAGUUUAGAGAACACUGUUUUAAUGAUUACAGAAGAGUUUCUUCAUGAUGUUCUGGUUAUUUUCGGUAAUAGCAAUGUAGCUGAGAAUAUCCAAGCAUGUGUUGUAGCAUCUAUACUAGAGAGUUUGGAUUCUUCUGUUUGGAUUUAUGACAAAACUGAUCCAAAUUCAAAGCCCCCCUUGGCUUUUUUCCCCCAAUUUGUUGUUUAUACUCUGAAACUCAUUAAUGAUCUGAGAAAACAAAGGCCCCAGAUUCCUUUUGAGCAAAAAGACUUUGAUGUAGAACUUGUUGGCAGCUCUACUGACUUUUCAUGCCUUGUUCAUCGUGGGACUGUUCCUUUGCUGAAGGGACACACUUUUGAAGAGCUUAUAAAACUGAUAUUUCCUCCAUCAAGCCAAUGGAUUGAAAAUUUGAUGCAGCUUUGUUUGUUCCUUCAUUCUGAAGGAUUGAAAUUUAGACAAAAAACAGAAAGGUCCCAUUCUAGUUUUGCAAAAGUUGCUGGACCAUCCGAAAUUGAAAAUGCAGUGUGCCAUGAGGAUGAGGCUCUUUUUGGAGAUCUUUUUUCUGAGACAGUGCGUUCUGUUGGAUCUACAGAUGGAUGUGAACAUGCACCGGCUGCUGCCUUAGUUUCUAACUCCAACAAUCAGAAUAUGCCAAUUCAGGCUGCUAUAGAACUACUGAGCUUUGUUAAAGCAUGUAUCUUCUCUACCGAAUGGCAUUCUUCUCUUUUUGUUGAUGCUUGCAGUAAACUCAGUAGUAGAGACAUUGAUAUUGUGCUUUCCUUACUCAAUUGUCAUGGCUGUUGUUCUGAAGAUAAUAUGUCUGAUGGUUGUAUCCCUUCAAAUGAAGAUGGGAAGAUUGGGCUCAUCCAUGAACUAUGCUUUGAUCUUCUGCACAACCUUCUCACAAACCAUACAUUGAGUGAUUCACUUGAAGACUACCUUGUGGAGAAGAUCCUUAUUGUUGAAAAUGGUGCUUUUAAUUACAACGAUAGGACUCUCACCUUGCUUGCUCACACACUAUUUAGUAGGGUUGGUUCUGCUGGCAGUCAGUUGAGGGCCAAAAUUUGUAGGGGGUACGUUGCCUUUGUUGUCGAGAAGGCAAAAUCUGUUUAUGUAAAUUGCCCAAGCAUCAAUGAACUCAUUGUUACUCUCCCUUCAUUGUUUCAUAUUGAGGUAGUUCUUAUGGCCUUCCAUUUGUCAUGUGAAGAAGAAAAGGGAGUGAUGACAAACUUAAUAUUUUCAACCCUCAAAGAAGUUGCUAACCCAGUAUUGAAUUUGAACGGCUCAUUAUUAACAUGUUGGGCUUUAGUGGUUUCAAGAUUGAUCUUAGUUCUUCGUCAUAUGAUAUUUCACCAACAGACUUGUCCUACAUCAUUGCUUGUAGAUGUGCGGUCUAAGUUGAGGGAAGCACCACUGUCUAUCCCAUCUUCGCUAAAUAAAGUUAAUGAUCACAUGUCAUCUUGGUCAUCAACUGCAUUAAAAAGCAUUACAGGUGGAUUGGUGGCAGAGGAGGUUUUUAUCGGUAGCUUGAUUGGACAGUUAAUUGAUGUUUCUGAAUCUUCUGCUCCUCUUAGCGUGGAUGAUUUGAUGAUUGACAAAUUAGCUCUGAAUUGGAAGGACAUAUAUUGUACUUUUUCACUGAUUCUUGGAUUUUGGAGAGGCAAAAAAGCCACUACAGUGGAGGAUCAAAUUGUUGAAAGAUACAUUUUCAACCUUUGUUGGGAUAUUCCUUAUAUGGGCUCUGAAGCAGACCAUCCAGUUAUAUCUUGGAAUCAAGGGCAAUCUGUAGAUCUAUCUGAUAUGUUACAUUUUUUCCACUUCAGCCAUUUACUCCUAGGCCAUCCAGAGGUCCUUGGGAACUUCACUAAUAUUCCAGAUGUUGUAUUGAGCUUGCUUCAGAAUUUAAAUGCUUUGCCCGUACCAGAAGGCAUUGAGGAAUUAGGUUGGGAUUUCCUCAGAAGUGGAAUGUGGCUGUCUCUACUGCUUUCAUUCAUUAAUGUUGGCAUAUGGAGAUAUUGUAUUGACAAUGCAAUUUCUGGACACGGUUUAACCUGGACUGAGAGUGCAUUUGGGGAUGAGAAAUAUGUUAAACAUGCUGGAAGCAUGAUUUCCUCCAUGAUUGACUCUGGUCAAUUUGUAUUGAUAGUAAGGCUGUUCUCAUCCUUGCUAAACAAAUAUGUGCAAAUUUAUCAGAAAGCUUUCCUAGAUGUCCUAAGUUACAGACAGAAGGUUGCUCCAGGGUUCUUACCACUCUUACUGCUGAAAUAUACUGGAAUUGACAAAAGCCUUCAGGAUGAGCUCUUGGAGAGGAGUGGUUCAAAUGCAGGUGAGCUGCAGUCUGUUUUGAGCCUCGUAUCAAGGUUAGGCGCCGCUGUUGAUAAAAAAGCUUCUAGAAUUCAUCCCAGAGCUUAUUGGGAGUGCAUAUUACAUGGUUUACCUUUAAACAUUUCUACUUCUAGUGCGGCUCUGCUCUCUUGUGUUCUUAGUGUAAGAGGAAUCAUCUUUGUUCUAGACGGGUUACAUAAAAUAAGAGAAGAAGGAAGAAACAUUGAUUCUGAGACUGAAGUCUUUUUACAAAUUGUUGAUACAAUAAUGAUUAUCAAGUGCGAUAAAGUUUUUGAAAGUGUUCAUCAGAAAUGUGACACUAUGUAUCCCAGCUCAAGUGCUGAACUGGAAUUGUCAAAUUACACAAACUUAGUUCUAAUGAAGCAAAUGGAAGGGUUUCUGAAGGACAUGAAUGUUAGAGGAGCAAGUGAUUGCUUUAUCCACGAAUGGAUAAUCUGUAAAAUGGUUGAGAUAUUAAGCAGUCUUAGAAAAGAUCCUUCAAAGUCUGUUAUAUUUCACUUUUGUCUUGGUGUUGAAAAUGUGCCUGGGCAGAUGAAUCUUUUAUCUGGAGAGCAAUUUCCUCAUCUCAGAAUGAGGAUACAAAGGAAAUUCAUUGACAGAGAUAUACAGAGCGUAUCUAAAUGGUUGGAGAAAAGGCUUUUAGGAAGCAUAAUGAAAUCAGAUAGUGGGGUGAACAGUGCAAAGGGGAGCUCCAUUUCUCUCCGAGAUUCAACCAUGAAUUUUAUUUUAUGCCUAGUAUCACCGCCAUCUGAAAAACAGUCGAUAGCGUUGCAACAUCAUAUUUUCAAUUCUGCACUGCUAUUACUUGAUAAUGCGUUUUUGCUAUUCGAUAUACAUGUGGCCAAGUCAUAUUUCAAUUUCAUUGCUCAAAUUUCAAGGGGAGAGUUCUUGAUGAAACAGCUUUUGACGAGGACUGUAAUCUUGAUGGGGAAACUGGCGGGAAAUGAGGGUUUGCUUCCAGGACUCAAGUUUCUAUUUGUCUUUAUUGCAACUGUCUUGGACGAAUGUGGAUCUGGUAAAAUUUCCUUGCAAAGGACAACUAAGAAAUGUUAUUCUGGCAAUAGCGCUGGGGCGGGUCAUGCGGCUGCUCAAGUGGUUGGGUCCAGAAAAAAUUCCGAGACAUUCAUUGUUUCUUCCAAUCAAGGUGGAUCAGCCUCUCUAGAAUGUGAUGCUACUUCUGUAGAUGAGGAUGAGGAUGAUGCAACUUCUGAUGGAGAGGUUCUUAGCAUAGAUAAAGAUGAUGAAGAGGAUGCCAACAGUGAAAGGGCCCUUGCCUCUAAAGUUUGCACAUUUACUUCCAGUGGAAGCAAUUUCAUGGAGCAGCAUUGGUAUUUCUGCUAUACAUGUGACCUAACUGUAUCAAAAGGUUGUUGCUCAGUUUGUGCAAAGGUUUGUCAUCGAGGUCACCGUGUAGUCUACUCGCGCUCAAGCCGCUUCUUUUGUGACUGUGGAGCUGGAGGUGUUAGGGGUAGUAAUUGUCAAUGUUUGAAACCACGAAAAUUUACUGUAGAUAACAGUGCACCUGUUCGUGGUUCUAACACAUUUCAGUCAUUUUUACCCUUUACUGAAGAUGGAGAUCAGCUGCCAGAUAGUGAUUCAGAUUUUGAAGAUGACAUAAAUGUAGAUGUAGAUAACUCACUCAAAUUAUGUAUUACAAAAGAGCUUCAAGAAGGGAUUCCAUUGUUAUUGGAAGAACUUGAUGUUGAGAGUCAGGUGCUCAAUCUUUGCUCCGCCUUGAUGCCAUCAGUAAUUAGUAGACGAGACUUCCACCAUUCUAAGGAUAAGAAUGUCGGUUUGGGUGAAGACAGAGUGAUUUCUCAUGGCAUUGAUCUCUUGCAGUUGAAGAAAGCUUAUAAAAGUGGAUCAUUUGAUCUCAAGAUAAAGGUUGAUUAUUCUAAUUCCAAGGAUCUCAAGUCACACUUAGCAAACGGUUCUCUUGUGAAGUCCUUGCUCAGUGUUAGUGUACGUGGUCGGCUCGCCGUUGGUGAAGGUGAUAAAGUUGCUAUAUAUGAUGUUGGGCAGUUAAUUGGCCAGACCACCAUUUCACCUGUGACAGCUGACAAGACCAAUGUAAAACAUCUUUCUAAAAAUGUUGUCCGCUUUGAAAUUUUACAACUCGUAUUCAAUCCUGUGGUCGAGAAUUAUCUUGUUGUAGCUGGUUAUGAGGAUUGCCAGGUCCUGACACUGAACCCUCGCGGUGAAGUGAUUGACCGCCUUGCCAUUGAACUUGCUUUGCAAGGUGCAUAUAUUAGACGGGUGGAAUGGGUUCCAGGCUCACAAGUUCAAUUAAUGGUUGUGACUAACAGAUUUGUCAAGAUAUAUGACCUGUCCCUGGAUAACAUCAGUCCAGUGCACUACUUCACUUUGUCAGACGACAUGAUUGUGGAUGCCAUUCUCUAUACAGCUUCCCGGGGCAGAAUGUUUCUUGUUGUUCUGUCAGAAAGUGGAAACAUAUUUAGGUUUGAGUUGUCAGUCAAAGGGAAUGUUGGUGCUGUGCCAUUAAAAGAACUUGUACAACUCAAGGGAAGAGAAAUUCACGCAAAGGGUUCAUCAUUGUACUUUUCUUCAACUUGCAAGCUACUCUUCAUAUCUUUUCAAGAUGGUACCACACUGUUAGGUCGACCAAGCUCUGAUGCAGCCUCCCUUGUAGAGAUGUCUUAUGUAUUUGAGGAGCAAGAAAGUAAGAUGCGGCCCGCUGGAGUACAUCAUUGGAAAGAAUUAUUGGCUGGCAGUGGAUUAUUUGCUUGCUUAUCAACUGUGAAGUCAAAUUCUGCACUUGCGGUUUCCCUGGAGGAACAUGCUGUACUUGCUCAAAGUAUGAGGCAUUCAGUGGGUUCAACCUCCCCUAUAGUUGGAAUGACUGCAUACAAACCACUAUCAAAGGAUAAAAUUCACUGUCUUGUCUUACAUGAUGAUGGUAGCCUUCAAAUAUAUUCUCAUGCUCCUGUGGGCGUGGAUGCUGGUGUUAUUGCAGCAUCUGAGAAAGUGAAGAAAUUGGGUUCUGGCAUCCUUACUAAAGCUUAUGCUGGGACAAAUCCUGAAUUUCCUCUUGACUUUUUUGAGAGGACCAUAUGCAUCACAUCAGAUGUAAAACUGGGCGGCGAUGCCAUCAGAAAUGGAGAUUCUGAAGGAGCCAAACAGAGUUUGGUAAAUGAAGAUGGAUUUCUAGAAAGUCCUAGUCCUGCAGGUUUUAAGAUAUCUAUCUUCAAUUUAAACCCUGAUAUUGUCAUGGUUGGUUUCCGAGUUCAUGUGGGCAAUACAUCGGCAAGCCACAUACCUUCUAGUAUUUCUAUUUUCCAGAGGGUUAUUAAAUUAGAUGAAGGAAUGAGGUCCUGGUAUGAUAUUCCAUUUACUGUUGCGGAGUCUCUUCUUGCAGAUGAAGAAUUUUCAGUGUCAGUUGGGUCAACCUUUAAUGGCUCAACACUUUCCAGAAUAGAUUCACUUGAAGUUUAUGGCCGAGCUAAAGAUGAAUUUGGUUGGAAAGAGAAAAUGGAUGCAAUUUUAGAUAUGGAAGCAAGAGUACUUGGUUCGAAUACAUCACUCGGUGGAUCUGUAAAGAAGCGCCGAUCAAUGCAGUCUGCUCCUAUUCAGGAGCAGGUAAUAGCAGAUGGGCUAAAGCUGAUUACCAAGGUUUAUUCAUCAUGCAGGCAACAAGAUUGCACAAGGCUUGAAGAAGCAAAAACAGAGCUGGGAAAACUCAAGUGCAAACCAUUACUAGAAACAAUAUUUGAGUGUGAUAGGGAACCUAUUCUGCAGGCUUCUGCUAGUCAUGUUUUACAAGCAGUUUUCCCCAAGAAAGAGAUAUACCAUCAAGUUAAGGAUACCAUGCGACUCCUUGGAGUGGUCAAAUCAUCCUCACUACUGUUGUCAAGGCUUGUGAUAGGCGGUACUUCAGGAAGUUGGAUCAUCGAAGAGUUCACUGCUCAGAUGCGUGCAGUUUGUAGGAUUGCAUUGCAACGCCGUUCAAAUUUAGCAACAUUUCUGGAGACAAAUGGCUCAGAGGUGGUGGAUGCACUUAUGCAAGUCUUAUGGGGAAUUUUGGACUUUGAGCAGCCAGACACACAAACCAUGAACAACAUUGUUAUGUCUGCAGUUGAACUUAUUUAUUGUUAUGCUGAAUGCUUGGCUCUGCAUGGAAAAGAUUCAGGAGUUCACAGUGUAGCACCUGCUGUUGAAUUACUCAAGAAGCUUCUUUUUUCGUCCGAUGAAGCUGUUCAGACUGCUAGCAGUUUGGCCAUAUCUUCGAGAUUGCUCCAGGUCCCUUUUCCAAAGCAGACAUUGUUAGCUCCAGAUGAUGGUGUUGAGAGUGUAGUUCCAGUUUCAGGCUCAGCUGACACAAGUGCUAGAAAUAACCAAGUCAUGGUUGAAGAAGACACUAUCACUUCAUCUGUUCAAUAUUGUUGUGAUGGUUGUUCUACUGUACCUAUACUCAGGCGAAGGUGGCAUUGCACUAUUUGUCCUGAUUUUGAUUUGUGUGAGGCUUGCUUUGAAGUACUAGAUACAGACCGACUUCCUCCACCACACUCUAGAGAUCAUCCUAUGACAGCAAUUCCAAUUGAAGUGGACUCAGUGGGAGAUGGCAAUGAAUUUCACUUCACACCUGAUGAUGUUAGUGACUCACUGCCUGUACCGGCUGAUAGCAACAUGCAGAGUUCUUCUCCCUCAAUUCAUGUCUUGGAGCCCAAUGAUUCUGGAGAGUUUGCUGCAGCAUUGACUGAUCCAGUCUCAAUCUCUGCUUCAAAACGGGCAAUUAAUUCCUUGCUACUUUCUGAACUUCUUGAACAAUUGAAAGGAUGGAUGGAUUCAACCUCUGGAGUCCGAGCAAUUCCUGUUAUGCAGCUUUUCUACAGGCUCUCAUCUGCUGUGGGGGGACCUUUCAUAGACAGCUCAAAGCCCAACAGUUUAGAUUUAGAGAAACUAAUCAAAUGGUUUUUGGAUGAGAUUAAUCUCAACAAACCAUUUGUAGCCAGAACCCGGUCUUCAAUUGGGGAAGUUGCAAUCCUGGUCUUCAUGUUUUUCACAUUGAUGCUUAGAAAUUGGCAUCAGCCUGGUAGUGAUGGUUCCAUGCCAAGACACAGCGGAACUACUGAUGUUCAUGAUAAAAAUGUAAUCCAACAUUCUUCAUCCACUUCCAAGACUUCAGUUGAUGACCAAGAGAAGAACGACUUUGCAUCACAGCUGCUUCAAGCAUGUGAUUCUCUUAGGCAGCAAUCUUUUGUAAAUUAUUUGAUGGAUAUACUGCAGCAACUAGUGCAUGUUUUCAGAUCUCCUAUUAACAGUGAAGGUGGACAUAGUAAUGCUGGACCUGGAUGCGGGGCUUUGCUUACAGUACGUAGAGAUUUACCCGCUGGUAAUUUUUCACCUUUCUUUUCUGAUUCGUAUGUGAAAGUGCAUCGAACAGACAUCUUUAUGGACUACUACAGGCUUCUACUAGAGAAUGCUUUUCGACUGGUGUACACACUUGUUCGACCAGAAAAACAUGACAAGACUGGAGAAAAGGAAAAAGUCUACAAGCUGUCUUAUGGUAAGGAUUUGAAGCUAGAUGGAUAUCAAGAUGUUCUCUGCAGUUACAUCAACAAUCCUCAUACCAACUUUGUUAGAAGAUAUGCCAGGAGGCUUUUCCUGCAUCUCUGUGGGAGCAAGUCUCACUAUUACAGUGUACGGGACUCUUGGCAGUACUCUAGUGAAGUGAAGAGACUUUAUAAACACGUAACCAAGUCUGGUGGUUUUCAAAAUAAUCCAAUUCCAUAUGAAAGAAGUGUGAAGAUUGUGAAGUGCCUUUCCACUAUGGCAGAAGUAGCAGCUGCACGUCCUCGGAACUGGCAAAAAUACUGUUUAAGGCAUGGGGAUAUUUUGUCUUUCUUGAUGAAUGGAAUAUUUUAUUUCGGUGAAGAGUCUGUGAUUCAGACUCUUAAACUUCUCAACUAUGCCUUCUAUACAGGAAAAGAUGUUGGUCAAACUUCACAAAAACCAGAGUCAGGAGACUCAAGCUCAACCAAAUCGAGUAUUGCGUCUCAAGAUUCAAAGAAGAAAAAGAAAGGCGAAGAUGGGGCUGAAUCUGGUUUGGAGAAGUCCUAUUUGGAUAUGGAGGCAGCAGUAGAUGUCUUCACUGACAAGAGUGGCAAUACCUUAAAGCAGUUCAUAGAUAGUUUUCUUCUGGAGUGGAGUUCAGUUACUGUGCGUGCAGAGGCUAAAUUAGUUUUAUAUGGUGUCUGGCAUCAUGCCAAACCAAUGUUUAAGGAAACUAUGCUAUUGUCUCUCUUGCAGAAAGUCAAGUCCCUCCCAAUGUUUGGCCAGAAUAUUGUGGAGUAUACAGAACUUGUUAUUUGGUUGCUUGGAAGAUCCCCAGAUACUAGUUCAAAACACAAGAUUUCUGAGCUUGUAGACCAAUGCUUGACUCCUGAUGUAAUUAGGUGCAUCUUUGAGACACUUCAUUCACAGAAUGAGCUGUUAGCUAACCAUCCAAAUUCUCGCAUAUAUAAUACUUUGAGUGGCUUAGUGGAAUUUGAUGGAUACUAUCUUGAGAGUGAACCUUGCGUUGCCUGCAGCUCUCCAGAAGUACCUUACAGCAGGAUGAAGCUGGAAUCCCUGAAAUCAGAAACAAAAUUCACUGAUAAUCGCAUCAUAGUGAAAUGCACUGGAAGUUACACAAUCCAGACUGUGACCAUGAAUGUUCAUGAUACCAGAAAGUCAAAAUCAGUGAAGGUUUUGAACCUAUACUAUAAUAACAGACCAGUUACUGACUUAUCAGAGUUGAAAAAUAAUUGGUCUUUAUGGAAGCGUGCAAAAAGUUGUCAUCUUACAUUUGAUCAGACUGAGCUUAAAGUUGAAUUUCCUAUUCCAAUCACAGCUUGUAACUUCAUGAUUGAACUGGAUUCAUUCUAUGAAAAUCUUCAGGCUUUGUCUCUCGAACCAUUGCAAUGCCCACGUUGUAGUCGUCCAGUCACAGAUAAGCAUGGUAUAUGUGGAAACUGUCACGAAAAUGCAUAUCAAUGCAGACAAUGCCGCAACAUCAAUUAUGAGAAUUUGGACUCUUUUCUGUGCAAUGAGUGUGGGUACAGCAAAUAUGGGCGGUUUGAGUUUAAUUUCAUGGCGAAGCCAAGUUUUACAUUCGAUAACAUGGAAAAUGAUGAAGAUAUGAAAAAGGGAUUAGCAGCCAUAGAAUCUGAGUCAGAGAAUGCUCAUAGGCGAUAUCAGCAACUUUUGGGCUUCAAAAAGCCCUUGCUUAAAAUUGUAUCAAGCAUUGGUGACAGUGAAAUAGACUCACAACAGAAGGAUUCUGUGCAGCAAAUGAUGGUUUCUUUACCUGGCCCCUCGUGUAAAAUCAACCGGAAAAUUGCUCUUCUUGGAGUCCUCUAUGGUGAAAAGUGCAAAGCAGCUUUUGAUUCUGUCACUAAAAGUGUCCAGACACUGCAAGGGCUACGCAAGGUGCUGAUGAAUUAUCUGCAUCAGAAGAAUUCUGAUAAUAGCGGGGCUUCAAGAUUUGUGGUGUCCAGAUCACCAAAUAACUGCUAUGGAUGUGCAACUACAUUUGUAACACAAUGUUUAGAAUUUUUACAGGUGCUGGCAAAACAUCCAAAUUCGAAGAAACAACUUGUUUCGGCUGGCAUUUUGUCUGAGCUAUUUGAGAAUAACAUUCAUCAAGGUCCUAAAGCUGCCCGGGUCCAAGCAAGAAUCGUACUUUGUUCUUUAUCUGAAGGUGAUGUAAAUGCAGUUACUGAGCUGAACUGUUUGAUACAAAAGAAAGUUUUGUACUGCCUUGAGCAUCAUCGCUCCAUGGACAUUGCAGUGACCACACGUGAGGAGUUGCUAUUACUUUCUGAGGUGUGUUCUUUGGCUGAUGAAUACUGGGAAUCAAGAUUACGUCUCGUUUUUCAGUUGUUGUUUUCUUCCAUUAAGUUGGGUGCCAAACAUCCUGCCAUAUCUGAGCAUGUCAUUCUUCCUUGUCUGAGAAUUAUUUCUCAGGCAUGCACACCUCCAAAACCUGAGACGCCAGACAAAGAGCAAGUCCUUGGGAAGUCUUCUGCAAAGACGAAGGAUGAGAUUUCUCAAAAUUUACCUGGGUCCUUGACCGGUGCUGUCAGUGUCGGUGGAACAAAGACAUUUCCAGACUCAUCAGAAAGAAAUUGGGAUGCCUCACCUAAGACUCAAGAUAUUCAGUUAUUGAGCUAUUCAGAAUGGGAGAGCGGAGCUACCUAUCUUGAUUUUGUUAGAAGGCAAUACAAAGUGUCUCAGGCAGUCAAAACUACAGGCCAGAGGUCAAGACCCCAACACCAUGAUUACCUGGCACUUAAAUAUGCUCUGAGAUGGAAGCGUCGUGUUGGUAAAGCAGCUAAAAGUGAGUUAUCAGUGUUUGAGUUGGGAUCAUGGGUUAAAGAACUUGUUUUGAGCGCAUGUUCUCAAUCUAUCAGAUCUGAGUUGUGCUCACUCAUAAGCUUGCUUUGUGGUCAAAGUUCUUCAAAACGGUUUCGGCUGCUGAACCUAGUGGUUUCCUUGUUACCUGCAACACUUUCUUCUGGUGAAAGUGCCGCGGAAUAUUUUGAAUUGCUAUUCAAGAUGGUAGAUUCAGAGGAUGCUCUUUUAUUUUUGACUGUUCGAGGGUGUCUGCGGACGAUUUGUACUUUAAUUUCCCAAGAAGUAAGUAACGUUGAGUCUUUGGAAAGGAGCCUACACAUUGAUAUAACUCAGGGUUUCAUCCUUCACAAAAUCAUAGAGCUUCUUGGUAAAUUUCUCGAGGUUCCAAAUGUUAGAUCCAGAUUCAUGCAAAAGAACUUACUUUCUGAAAUUCUUGAAGCCCUUAUUGUAAUUCGUGGCUUGAUUGUUCAAAAGACAAAGUUGAUAAGUGAUUGCAAUCGUCUUCUUAAAGAUCUUUUGGAUAGUCUGUUACUAGAAAGCAGUGAGAAUAAGCGACACUUCAUUAGGGCCUGUAUCAAUGGUUUGCAAAUACACGGAAAGGAGAGGAAAGGGCGUGCUUGUUUGUUUAUCUUAGAGCAGCUUUGCAAUCUGAUCUGCCCUUCAAAACCCGAGCCUGUAUAUUUGUUGGUCCUAAACAAGGCACAUAGUCAGGAAGAGUUCAUCAGGGGAUCAAUGACCAAGAAUCCAUAUUCAAGUACUGAAAUUGGUCCAUUGAUGCGUGAUGUGAAAAAUAAGAUCUGCCAUCAGUUGGAGUUGUUAGGUCUUCUUGAGGAUGACUAUGGAAUGGAAUUGUUGGUUGCUGGUAACAUUAUUUCUCUUGAUUUGAGCAUUGCACAAGUUUAUGAGCUAGUGUGGAAGAAAUCAAAUCAGUCUUCAAAUCUGACAAAUUCUAACUUGGUGUCAUCAAAUGCUGCCACCUCAUCUAGAUAUUGCCCACCUAUGACAGUGACUUAUCGCCUCCAGGGAUUGGAUGGUGAAGCAACUGAGCCUAUGAUUAAAGAAUUGGAGGAAGAUAGAGAAGAAUCUCAGGAUCCAGAGGUUGAGUUCGCCAUAGCAGGCGCUGUUCGUGAAUGUGGUGGACUGGAGAUACUGUUGGGCAUGAUUCAGCGUCUGAGAGAUGAUUUCAAGUACAAUCAGGAGCAAUUGGUUGCAGUUCUUAAUCUUCUUAUGUACUGUUGCAAAAUUAGAGAAAAUAGAUUAGCUUUGUUGAAGCUAGGAGCCUUAGGUUUGCUUCUUGAAACGGCAAGACGGGCUUUCUCAGUUGAUGCCAUGGAGCCAGCCGAAGGCAUACUUUUGAUUGUUGAAAGUUUGACUUUAGAAGCAAAUGAAAGUGACAGUAUAAGCAUCACACAAGGUGCAUUUACUGUCACCAGUGAAGAAGCUGGAACAGGUGAACAAGCCAAGAAGAUAGUUCUUAUGUUUUUGGAGAGAUUAUCUCAUCCAUUGGGGCUUAAGAAAUCAAACAAACAGCAGAGGAACACAGAGAUGGUUGCUCGGAUACUACCUUACUUGACUUAUGGUGAACCUGCUGCAAUGGAUGCUCUAAUCCAGCAUUUUAGUCCGUACCUGCAAGAUUGGGAUGCAUUUGACAGUUUGCAAAAACAACACUUGGACAAUCCAAAUGAUGACAAUAUUGCUCAGCUAGCUGCAAAGCAGAGGUUCACACUGGAAAAUUUUGUUAGGGUUUCAGAGUCACUUAAGACAAGUUCCUGUGGUGAGAGAUUGAAGGACAUUAUCCUAGAAAAGGGUAUAACUAAAACUGCAAUGAGACAUUUGAAAGAUCGUUUUGCCAAUGCUGGGCAGACUGGCUUCAAGACGAGUGCCGAAUGGGCACAGGGUUUAACACUGCCUUCCAUUCCUCUUAUAUUGUCGAUGCUGAGAGGUUUGUCAAUGGGACAUCUCCCCACUCAAAAGUGUAUUGAGGAGGAAGGUAUCUUACCCUUGUUGCAUGCCUUGGAAGGAGUUCCAGGAGAAAACGAAAUUGGGGCAAGGGCUGAAAAUUUGUUGGACACACUAUCUAACAAGGAAGGAAAAGGAGAUGGAUUCCUGGUGGAGGAGGUGAGUGAGUUGCGGCACGCAACUAGAAAUGAAAUGAGGCGUCGGGCUUUGCGUAAGAGAGAAGAGAUGCUUCAGGGGCUAGGAUGGCGGCAAGAAUUGUCUUCAGACGGAGGUGAGCGCAUUGUUGUUUCCCGGCCUGUCCUUGAAGGUUUAGAAGAUGUGCAGGAGGAGGAGGAUGGGUUGGCAUGCAUGGUCUGCCGGGAAGGAUACAGUUUAAGACCUACUGAUUUGCUGGGUGCUUACUCUUAUAGUAAGCGUGUGAAUCUAGGGGUAGCCACUUCAGGAAGUGCUCGGGGAGAGUGUGUUUACACCACCGUAAGUUACUUUAAUAUUAUUCAUUUCCAGUGCCAUCAAGAGGCCAAAAGAGCUGAUGCUGCUUUGAAGAUUCCCAAGAAAGAGUGGGAUGGUGCAGCACUUAGAAACAAUGAAUCUCUGUGUAAUUCUUUAUUCCCUGUCAGAGGUCCAUCCGUUCCAUUGACACAGUAUAUCCGCUUUGUUGACCAACACUGGGACAACCUUAAUGCUCUUGGACGAGCUGAUGGAAACAGGCUCCGCCUGCUGACAUAUGACAUUGUUCUGAUGUUAGCUCGGUUUGCAACAGGAGCAUCGUUCAGUGCGGAUUGCCGAGGCGGGGGACAAGAAAGUAAUUCUCGGUUCCUCCCAUUUAUGUUCCAAAUGGCACGCCAUCUCCUUGAUCAAGGAAGCCCAUUGCAGCGUCGAACCAUGGCCAGGGCUGUAUCAGCUUAUAUUACCUCGUCUACAUCAGAUCUGAGACCCUCUUCUCUGUCUGGCACCCAAGUUACAUUGGGAACAGAAGAAAUUGUCCAAUUUAUGAUGGUUAACUCACUUCUCUCAGAGUCUUACGAGUCUUGGCUGCAGCAUCGUCGUGCUUUCCUGCAGCGUGGAAUUUAUCAUGCAUACAUGCAGCACACACAUGGCCGUACCACUGCCAGCCCAUCGUCUGUUUCAGCUUCUGUACAAGGUGUAGGGUCUGGAAGUAUUGGCCAAAGUGCUACUACAGAAACAGGGAAGAAUGAUGAGCUUUUCUCUAUCGUUCGUCCAAUGCUUGUUUACACCGGUUUGAUUGAGCAAUUACAGCAUUUCUUCAAGUUCAAGAAAUCGACUACUGCAACAUCUACAAGUACUGGUGCAGCGGCUUCCUCUGCAACAGAAGGCGAAGAUGAAAGUGGGAACCUCGAAGGCUGGGAAUUAGUUAUGAAAGAGCGACUCUCAAAUGAAGCCUUUGAUAUCGUUGGGGUUCUGCCGGAGGUUUUGUCUGGCGGGUUCACUCGGUGUGAAGACUUUGUGCAGGCUGCAAUCAAUGCAGGGAAAAGUUGA